AUGGUGGUUGCCGGGACAGCAGCUCUAAUUCUUGCAGUAUACAACUUGAUCAUCCUGAGAUGGUGCUCUCAGAGUCAGGCAGACAGGCCGCGUCAAGGCAUGGCUGCUCCGUCGCGGUUCGAGGCUGCUUCAGCAUCAAGUCAGAGCUUGGAUAGCCUUAAUGUGAACUUGAUUUCCAGUUUCAAGUACAAGAAAGGAGGGUCAUCAAGAGAUGAAGCUCACUAUAGCCAGUACGAAUGUGCAGUUUGCUUAUCUGUGUAUGAAGAGGAUGAAGAAUUGAGGCAGCUUCCAAGGUGCAAACACUCGUUUCAUGCUUCUUGUAUAGAUAUGUGGCUAUACUCUCAUCUGGACUGUCCUCUUUGCCGUUCUCCGGUGGAUCCACCAGUCCUGAACCGGGUUCUCAACGAACCUACAAGGCGGGCAGGGCAUUCCAGAGAAGGAUUGCAAAUCUCCAGUAGGAUCCCCGUGUAA